CCCCGGCUCUGCGUGCGUGCGUGCGUGCGUGCGUGACGUCGUCAACACUGCAGUCUCUCAGUAGCAGCUGCAGUAGCAGAAACACAGCACGCCCAUCACAACCUCUGUACUUCCAAACCAGCUAAUACUGAAGAAAAAGGAAAGGACCACAAUGGCGGCAGCAUUGUCCCCGCUGGACCCAGAUCUCAUGAGGGAGGUUCUUGAAUGCCCUAUCUGCUUGGAGACCUACAAUCAGGAACAAAUGAGACCCAAACUCCUCCAGUGUGGUCACACGGUGUGCCGGCAGUGUCUAGAGAAGCUGUUGGCUAAUACUAUCAAUGGCGUGCGCUGCCCCUUCUGUAGCAAGGUCUCUCGCAUGAGCAGCAUCUCCCAGUUGGCCGAUAAUCUCACCGUGCUCAAGAUCCUAGAUUGCACUACGUCCUGCAGUGCUGCUGCUGCCGCCCUAAUGUGCAAGUCAUGCUGCAACCGCCUACCACGACAGUACUGCCAUGAUUGUGCCACGGUCCUGUGUGAGCUCUGUAAAGGAGAGGGCCACCUGCAUCAAGGCCAUUCGGUCCAGCCGAUUAGGGUGGCUGCCGAACAGCGUCGUAAGGAACUGGGUGGCAAGCUGACUGCUCUGCGCGAUGUUAUGGGUGAAAUUCAAAAGAAAAAAACAGCUAUUGAAAAUAUAAACAAGUCCUUAAGGCAAAAAUACCAGGCAGUGCAGCAGGACUAUACUACAGCCGAGCUACGUCUUCAAGAAGAGCUCAGAAGAUCUCGAAGGACAUUCACGGCUUCCAUGGCAGAAGUGGAAAAGCUAAACGGACAGGUACUGGAGGAGCAGACAUAUCUCCUUAACAUUGCAGAGGUAAAAGUGGUGUCACGCUGUGAUUACCUGACAAUGCUUGUGAGGCAGAGCGAUAUCGCUUUGCUAAAGGAUGAUGGUGAAAGCAGUGAUGAUGAAGAACUGGAUCUGAGGAGCAGCUUACCCACCAUGUUUCAGCUGCAAGAGCCAGAACUGGUUAGAGCAGAGCACACUAAACCUGUAGAAGUGGGCCAUGUGACCACAAAUACUUAUACAGUCAAUACAGAUGAUGAGGAUUUGGAGAUUGGAUUUGAGGGUGAACUAGAGAGUAUAGCUGGGGUAGCAGGGGCUACAGGUGGUGCAACUGGGGCUCCGGUGGAUCUUUACAGAGACAUUGACAUGGUAACGGCUGUAGAGGAGGCUGUAUGUGGUUCACCGGGCAGCUUUAAGUCAAAGUCCUUGGAUGCAGGUGGGGGAUCACCAGGAGGAGCUGGUGCAAGUGCAGGGCCGCCAGUCUGCCAGUUUGUGAAGAAGAUGGGCUGCAAGGGAACUCUAUCUGGCAUGUUCAAUUUACCAGUCAGCAUCUGUGUAACACAACAGGGUGAGGUGCUGGUGGCUGACCGUGGGAACUACCGAAUUCAGAUCUUUAAUCGCAAAGGUUUCCAGCGCGAAAUCCGCCGCAAUGCCAGUAGCAUCGAUAACUUUGUCCUGAGCUUCCUUGGGGCUGACCUGCCUAAUCUCAUUCCCUUAUCCAUCGCUGUCACUCCUCAAGGCCUGAUUGGGGUAACUGACAACUAUGAUAACUCGGUUAAAGUCUACACUAUGGAUGGACACUGUGUGGCUUGCCAUAAGAACCAACUCAUUAAACCCUGGGGCAUUACUGCCAUGCCAUCAGGUCAGUUUGUGGUGUCAGACGUGGAAGGUGGUAAGCUGUGGUGUAUAGCAGUGGAUCGCAAUGUAGGUGUGGUCAGCUACAACCGAUUGUGCUCUGCUGUUCGGCCAAAGUUUGUGACCUGUGAUGCAGCUGGAACAGUCUACUUCACCCAGGGCCUGGCCCUGAACUUUGAGAAACGCCACAAUGAGCCCCACCUGGAGGGUGGCUUCUCUAUUGGCUCAGUUGAUACCGAUGGCCAGCUAGGCAAGCAGCUUAGCCAUUUCUUCUCAGAGACAGAGGACUUCCGCUGUAUCACUGGCAUGUGUGUAGAUGCCAAUGGGGAUUUGCUGGUAACAGACAGUGGCAGAAAAGAAAUCCUCCAGUUUCCCAAAGAAGGCGGAUUUAAAAUUCUCAUCCAGGAAGGGCUGACCUGCCCUGUGGGAGUGGCCACCACACAGAAAGGACAACUGCUAGUGCUGGAUUGUUGGGACCACUGUGUCAAAGUCUACACAUACAUCCAGAGGAGGCACUCCUCUACUUCCUAGAGGAACAAUCCAGUCCACAUGAGCACUGAGAGGUUUAUUAGGAAUGUGUUGGUGUGUAUGGAAGUUUAAAAAAGGUAGAAACACACUGUUUAUCCGUCACUUUAGUUUGGCCGCAGUCCAAACAAUUCUCACUCCAGCUUUCAUUGGGUUAUUAAAUAAAUGUUCUAGUUAGUUUGAUUCUGUUUAAAGCCUAUUGGAUUUUAUUUUAAUACAAAUUAAAAAUCAGCUACUUAAGCUGCUUUUCACUUAAUGGAUCAUAUCUCUAAAAACGGACAGUGCAGCAUUUUUAUAUCAAAGAAUACUGGCACAAGUUGUCACAUUAAAAUAAGCGAAAGAAGCCAUUGACGUCAAAACUAAUGCAGGCACAAAGCACAGAUGCUUUUCUGUUAUUGACGGCGUUGUCCACCAUUCAGUCAGACUGUGUGUGAUGCAUGGCUUUCACUGAUUUGGCUCAGCUUUGCAGAAGAAAAAAAAAA